AUGACCGCAUCCGUUCUCCACGGCAAUACCUCAGAAAAUGGCUGGGUUGUUCAGAAAUUUGGCGGCACGAGUGUAGGAAAGUUUCCCGACAAGAUUGCCGAAGACAUUGUACGAGCCAGCUUGGAUACCAGCAAGGUUGUCGUCGUCUGCUCCGCGCGGAGUACAGGCAAAAAGGUUACUGGAACUACCAGCCGACUUCUCGGCGUCUUCAAGCACCUGCGGGCUAUUGCCGCCGCCACUAGCAACGAUGCGACCCAGACCGAGUACCUGGAAGAGGCCAGAGCCCUGAUCCAAGAAAUCUGCAACGACCACAUCUUUGCCAUCCAAUCCUUUGUCAAGGACCCAGAGCUGCAGAAGCAGGUCUCGGCCGAUAUCGAGAACGACUGCCAGGAGCUGAUUGACUACAUUAUUGCCGCCAAGCGCUUCAACCUCGAGGUCAAUGCUAGGUCCAAGGACAGGGUUGUUAGCUUUGGCGAGAAGUUGAGCUGCAGGUUCAUGGCAUAUUUGUUGAGAGAUAGGCAAGUCGAUGCCGAGUAUGUCGACCUUUCCGAUAUCAUGCACUACGACAGCUCAGAGAGCCUUUCGCCCACUUUUUACCGUGAUGCCGCCGCACUGUUCCAGAAGAGAAUACAAGCAUGCGGCUCGAGAAUUCCCGUGGUCACGGGCUUCUUCGGCAACGUGCCAGGUAGUCUGAUGGACGGUGACAUUGGCCGAGGCUACACAGAUCUUUGCGCCGCCCUCGUGGCCGUCGGCCUCAAGGCCAACGAGUUGCAAGUCUGGAAGGAGGUUGACGGAAUCUUCACGGCAGACCCGACCAAGGUGCCGACCGCACGGCUCCUCAGCUCCAUCACGCCCUCGGAAGCUGCCGAGUUGACCUUUUACGGUUCCGAGGUCAUUCACCACCUGACCAUGGACCAGGUGAUCAAGGCCGAGCCGCCGAUACAGAUCCGCAUCAAGAACGUCAAGAACCCCAAGGGUCUGGGCACCAUUGUGGUUCCUGACCCCGUACAGUCGCCUCACAGACAGAUCAAGCGCUCGCCCCCUUCGGACCCGUCUGCCCGAAAGACUCCCAGGCGGCCCACUGCCGUCACCAUCAAGGACAACAUUGCCGUCAUCAACGUACACUCGAACAAGCGGUCGAUAUCCCACGGCUUCUUUGCCCGCGUAUUCGCCAUUCUCAACAGUCACUGCAUCAGUGUCGACCUCAUCUCCACGUCCGAGGUCCACGUCUCCAUGGCUAUCCACUCGGCUGACGCGAGCCCUACCCACUUUGAAGCCGCCAUAAAGGAACUCGAGGACUGCGGCGAUGUCUCCACGCUGCAGCACAUGGCUAUCCUCAGUCUGGUCGGUGCUGAGAUGAAGAACAUGAUCGGCAUAGCAGGACGCAUGUUUUCGACAUUGGGAGAACACAAUGUGAAUAUCGAAAUGAUAUCCCAAGGUGCCAGUGAAAUCAACAUUAGCUGUGUCAUAGAUGCCAGGGAAGCUACGAGAGCCAUGAACAUACUGCACACGAAUUUGUUCACGUUUUUGGAAUAG